AUGGCGCUGCAAGAGUUUCUUCCCGUCGUCCCGGCGAUCAGUGUGCUAUACAUUUUCUUACUCGCCAUUUGGAACCUUUAUUUCCAUCCUCUACGACACAUCCCUGGCCCCCGGUCAUGGAUUGCCUUCCCCAUAAUGCGCCACAUCUCAGCUAGUCGUGGCAGACUAGACAGCGAUAUGCGCCGAUUCCACGCCCAAUACGGCGGCGCAGUUCGCUUGGCGCCGGCGGAAGUCUCCUUCAUUACCCCGGACGCUUGGAAAACGAUCUACGGGCACGGGCACACCCAACUGCCCAAGGUACAGACCUCGGAGAGUAAGGGGCUGGAUAUUAUCAGUUCAGAAGGCCCCAACCACACCCGACACCGCAAGGCUCUCGCCCAUGCCUUCUCGGCCCGGGGACUCCAGGCACAGGAGCCGCUGGUGAGGGGCUAUGUGGACAAGCUGAUCGAGCGGCUGAAGGAAUUCGCCGAGUCGCAGCUACAAGUGGAUAUGGUGAAAUGGUACAAUCUGACGACCUUCGAUCUCAUCGGGGACCUCGCGUUUGGGGAGUCGUUUGGCGGCCUCGACAAUUCCCGCGUCCACUCCUGGGUCUCGACUAUCUUCAGGUCCGUCAAGGUCCUGCCCUUCGUGCGGAUCACGGAUACAUACCCCAUCUUGAUUCCGCUGCUCAUGGCCCUUCUGCCUAAAAGUCUCCGCACGGCGCGGCGGGACCAGACCAAUUACAGCAAGGAGACAGUGCACAAAAGACUCGCUAACACCGCCGCACAUGGCCGCGGCGACUUUAUGGACUCGAUGCUUCGUCAUCGCGGCGAGAAAGACGGCCUCUCUGACAGGGAACUCGAGGAAAAUGCAUCCAUCCUGAUUAUUGCGGGCAGUGAAACUACUGCCACUUUGCUGUCCGGGGUCACGUACUGGCUCUUGAGGUCCCCCGAGGCCCUGGCCAAGGUGACCGACGAGGUCCGUUCCACCUUCCAAACAGAAGGCGAGAUCACCCUCCAGGACGUCGGGGCUCGUCUGCCGUACAUGCUUGCCUGCCUCGACGAGGCGUUCCGCAUGUACCCCCCUGUGCCCUGUGCACUAGAGCGCCGCGUUUUGACCCCGAUCGUUAUCGCGGGAUACAAUAUACCACCGGGGACAGUUGUUUCCGUACACCAGUCCGCAGCGUACUGUUCGCCGGCGAACUUCCAUCGUCCGCAAGACUACAUCCCCGAGAGAUGGUUACCAGAUGCGAAGAGCAACCCAUCGUCGCCUUAUUUUUCAGAUCAGCGAGACGUCCUGCAGCCGUUCUCGGUAGGGCCGCGCAAUUGCAUUGGGAAGAACCUAGCAUAUGCAGAGAUGCGCCUGAUUCUUGCGCGGGUUCUGUGGAACUUUGACCUGGAGCUUUGCGAGGAAAGUUUGCAUUGGAAGGACCAGAAGUCUUAUCUCUUAUGGGACAAGCCUCCGUUGAUGUGUAAACUCAAGCAGCGAAUUUGA